AUGUGGAAGCUGCAAACCAAACUAAAACUGUUGAGUAGAAGACUAAGUCAAUGGUCUAGAGAUUCUAUAGGGGACAUCCAUGUACAAGUUAACUCCUGUGAGGCCAAAAUGCUUAUUUUAGAAGAUUUAGACCUCAACAAUAAUAGUCCUCAAGACAGGGAAGAACUCAACAAAGGCUAUGCUAAGUACAUUAAAUGGAUGGGAUUACAAGACUCUUUAAUGAAACAAAAGGCUAGAACCAACUGGUUUAAGGAAGGGGAUUGUAACACCAACUAUUUCCAUAAAAUUCUCAGAGAGAGAAGAAGAAGACUUCACCUCUAUAGAAUUAAGAAUCACAGAGGUAACUGGAUACAAGGUGAAGACAGGAUUGCCAAGGCUGCUACCAGGAAUUUCAAGAAAUGUUUCAACCUUAACCAAGUUACAAGAAGUAGAGAAUAUCUCUUAAACUGCAUCCCUAAUAUGAUUGAUGCUAAGGAAAAUCAGAUGCUUAUUCAAAUUCCCGAGGGAGCAGAAAUUAAAGCAGCAAUCUUUAGCAUGAGUAUAGAAAGCAGUACAGGUCCAGAUGGAUACAAUGUGAUUAUAGACCUAUCAGUCUUGAGUGGUUUUGUAUCUGGCAGACUUAUUACUGAAAAUGUUAUGUUGGCUCAAGAAAUUAUUCAUGAUAUUUCAAAGCCUAAUAAGGGUGUUAUCAGACUUAUCUCUAAUGUCUGGUAUACUGUAAUUAUUAAUGGAACAAGACAUGGAUUUUUUCAUUCUUCUCAAGGUUUAAAGCAAGGGGAUCCCUUGUCCCCUCCUCUGUUUAUCAUUGCUGCUGAGGUUUUAUCAAGAUCUCUUAAUAAACUGAAUGAUCAUGAGAGUUUCAUCCUUUUUUCAAUGAAUAAAAGAGGUCCUCAUAUUAAUCACCUGGCUUAUGCAGAUGACAUUGUCAUUUUCUGUAGUGGCAAUUCUAAAUCUGUUAAGUUAAUUAUGAAACAAAUCACCAACUAUGAGAAAGCCUCGGGCCAAUUGGUUAACAAAGAAAAAAGUUUUUUCUUGACUAGUAUUAAAACUAGUCCUUAUAGAAUUAACAGAUUAAGAAAUUGCACUGAUUUCAUGGACAAACCUUUUCCUUUCAACUAUCUAGGUUGUCCUAUUUAUGCUGGAAGAAAAAGAAUUGCCUACUUUGAUUCUAUGGUUACUAAAGUUGUUAAAAGAAUGAAUGGUUGGCAAGGGAAAAUGCUGAGUUUUGGGGGAAAAGUGGUGCUCAUCAAAAGUGUAUUACAAUCCUUGCCCACAUACACUCUUUCUGCUCUGAAUCCCCUAAAAACACCAUGA